GUGAGGUGACUGUGGCCCUCGAGUGGAUUGUGGGUUGAGUGGACCUGGAUGCUCUUGCCGCUUGCGCGACGGAGUCUGGUGGCAGGUGCGGACGCGAUGAGAUUGGCCUUUAGCCGACGUGGGCCUAGCUGGGGAUGGGGAAGGAGCCGUUGGCACUUGUGCUUCCCUCUCCAGUAUUGGUCCUUGCUGGUCUUACGGUAUCAUGCCCUGAAUAUUACAAGGGGGACAGAUGGGAGUGGGCAGAGCAGACAAGGAGCAGAAGAAGGGGGAAGGAGCGAAGGGUAAAAGGCGAAAUUGGGACUGGGAAAGAACCAGGCCGGCAGAAGAGUGUCCAAUCUGGGGAAGUUCGUCACACACGAAGCAGGAAAAGGCUUUCUUGCUGCAGCCGGGAACUAGUGACAGUACUUUUUUCUUUUUUUGGUGUUGCACACGGCAAAGAGGCAGAAUGCAGAGAACCUUGGAAUGGUUUGUAGGUCUCAGGCUGGGAGAGAUGGACUAGACGCAAGUCCCUAUGUACGAAUACGGAUACC